UCCCCCGUAGAGAACAUCCUCAGAUUUGAGGAGGAGGAGAGAAAAUGUCUCCGACCGCGCAGGAGGAGAGGAGGAGGUCUGGCGUUCAGCUGGGGAGCGCUGCGCUGCUGCUGCUGCUGCUCUCACUCUCUGGUUGUUCAAGCAUGGAUGUACUGGUGGCCAGUCAGAUUAAUGCACUUAAUGGAACAACUGUCACAAUCUCCUGCACAUUUACUUCKUGCUAUAAGAUUGACCUCACAAAGUUUGGCAUGAACUGGACUUACCAGGAAACCCACAACGACACAGAAGAGAAGUUUAUGCAUUACAAUCGAAAAAGAAUGCAGGCACUGCCUUCGAACCGAUUUGGGGACAGAGUUGUGUUUUCUGGAAACCUGGAAAAGAAUGACUUGUCCAUCACCAUAUCAGAUGUUCAGCUGGAGGAUGAGGGGAUAUACCACUGCUAUGUGAAAAACCCCCCAGACCGUAUCCAAGGAAAUGGCAUCAUUCGGUUCAAUGUUGUCACAGAAUUACCCCCUCCGAGAGAUUCAACCAUUGCUGUUGCGAUCGGGGCAUCAGUGGGUGGAGCGUUGGCCUUACUCAUCCUCUCCAUGGUGGUGGUGAAAUGUCUUCGCCGACACCGGAAACAAGAACUGAUUUCAGAGGAAAAGAUGGAGGAGGAGGGGAAACUGGAGCCUGAAGCUGUUGCAGAGGAGGGAACUAAACUUCCAUAGUGGUUAUUUGAACCAGUGUCUAUGGAGCUACCAUUUAUAUCACCUCACAUGGUAAACAACUUUGUCUGUUUAUUAUAAUAGUUCAUUCUGUGUUGCAGAAGCUUUCUUUCAGGUUUCUAAAGUGAAUUUGAAGCUGACAUUUUGAAAUGUASCUUCAUAACAAAUGUGUAAAAGGGUUGUUCUAACUAACUCAUUUGAAGGUAAUAACAAUUUAGUAAAAUGCUGAAAUCCAGCGCCUGCAAAUUAUACAUCAGUUAUGAAUACAGCAAAUAGCAAACGUUCUGCCAUGAGCUUGUACGCAGCAUCAGUUGUUGGAGUCAGUGCAAAGACAAGAGGUUGUCCUCUUUUUAAUGCAAAUUCGGCAAUGACAACAAAGUUUUGAAUGUCUUGCUUAGUAUAAAUCAAGCUGUUGUCUUGGUGUUCACUUUCCUUUUUUUUCCCUGCCUUGUUUAAUCAUUAACCAUACAGUAAGUAGAACAUUUAAAUAAAAAAAAGUUCAACUAUUUAUUAAAAACACUAUUUACUUAUUGUCACUACACAUU